AGAGUCGACAGAUGUCGGUACAAUAGGCCAGAGUAGGUCGCGCCUCUAUCGGCGAAGCGUAUGAUCAAUUCAAACGGUGCGCCACUGACUUGAGGGGGGUCCACACCAUUUUGAAAGUAAAAAUACUGCGCGACCCGGGAUUUUGUUUGUACGGUUCGGCGAGGGUAAAAAAGCGGCGAGGGCUAGGCUGUGGUAUGGUUGGGGCAACGCGGUGUCGCGCGUGAAAUGACGUAGAGUGUGCGAGGGUGUGCCGCGUGCGGUACGAGGUGUGUUAGCGGAAACGGUGUCGCGGUGUGUAGGGUCGGCGCUGGCCGUAGCUAUCGCAGCGUACGGGAAAUUGGCUGUGGCUUCGCCAAUGGAUGCCAGGCAGGAGAAGACGCCAUUUUGAUAUACGGGCGCACGUCAAGCGUUCGCUCGUAGGGAAACGCGCUCUCGAGUCGGUCGAGCCGCUUUGCGUUGAGCCGCGCAGGUGAAUUCGUUGGUUCGCUCGGUUGAAGAGCAUCGUUGGUACGAGUGCGUGGCGCAACGUAUUCGAACGGUAUCGUUGACAAGUGACAGGUGAAUCGAUCGGGCCGCGAGGAAAGUCGCGUUGCGGCCCCGUGCCCGUAACACGGUUCGCUCGGUUGAUCGGUAGUGACUACUGUGUGUGGAACUACGUGUACACAUUCGGAUUUUUCCCCACGCGGCCGAGAGUUGAGUGUGCACAGCGAGGGACAUCGUAGCUAGUGUAUAUUGGUGCGGGGAUCCGGGGUGGCGGUGUACGCGGCAGGGAAAAGCCGCUGCUGUCUCGCUGGUUUCGCGCGCGCGAGAGAGGCCACCGGCCGACACUUUGGGCCAGGACAAGACGACCCGAUGUCAGGAGCGGGUCGCGACCCCGUGUCGACCCGUGGUCGUCCUCGUCCUCGCGUAUCCAUCUCUCUCACAGCACCAGGACGCUCCUGGCGUAAAUGUGUUCUCAUGAGCGCCCAUGUGCACCUCUUUUUCUGCCUGCUGCCCCUACGUGCCCUGUAAACCCAGAGCACACCCCGAUUAGCACGCCCACGCACUCUAUCACUCGCGAAUAUGGCCAAGAUCCUCAACAAGGACCCCGUCACCUAUGAGAGGGAGAGGGAAAACUUCCUUAAGGACCUCCGUCACUUCCAUGAGACUAGAGGGACUCCGUUCAAGAAAAAUCCAAAAAUUAAUGGAAAAGAUAUAGAUCUGUACUUGUUGUACGUUGUCGUUACUGCCCACGGCGGAUGGAUAAAGGUGAAUACCAGAAACGAGUGGGCAUCGUUAUGCGAACAAUUCCAUCUACCCAACGGCUGCGUGAACAGCGGGGUUGGCCUUAAACAAAUUUACCUUAGGUAUUUGGACAGGUAUGAGAAGGUACACUUCUUAGGAGAGGAUGGCCAACAAGCUGACGACGAUGACGAAGAUUCCAGACACAGAAAGUGGUCUGCUAGGGCAUUACACUCCGUUCCUCUUACUUAUAAUCAUCAUCAACACAAUGUCGCAGAAUCUCUUCGUGAUUACAAUGGCCUUUCGUCGGAUCUUUACAAGCCAUCCAACUAUGAUAAACUCGCGCUGUCGCUUCUCUCGCCUCUUCCCAACGAGCAGGACUUUGCCAUCAACGUCUGCACGUUGCUGUCGAACGAGGGCAAACACAUCCUACGUCUCGACAAAUAUCCCCGUCUCGUGAACAUACUUUUGGCGCACGCGGGUGUCUUCGACUCACCGGGCACGCGGCAGCUCUUCAUCGAGGUCUAUUCUCGCGUGAGGAACUACUCGAUCAACUCAUUCUGGUCGGAUGUCCUCGACUCCCAGGACGUAAUAGAUCUUACGAACGAGAGGACAUUCAUGAAGAAACCAACCGUCAGUCCACAGACUUUUUCCAGACGAAAAAUCUUGGAGAAGGAGAAGCAGAACAAAAGCGCCAUAUCAACGGAGAACGAUGAAGCUUCCACGUCGAUGGAAGUCGACGGAGUGAUUCCAGACUGUUCAAGAUUAGAUCCAAUCGGGUUGCAUCAAGAUGAAAGUUUGAAAGAUCAAAACCAAAACUCGAUAAAGUUUGAAGAAGAGGAUAAAGAUUUGUUUUGUGUUGGACGAACGCUAGGAACGCAAGAUCCUUAUGGUCAACGUGUGCUACAAAUAGCAUCUAUCUUGCGAAAUCUAAGUUUCACUCCAGAAAACGCUGCUGUAUUAGGGAGAAAUCUAUGUUUCUUAAGAUUCGUAUUACUCUGCGUGAGAGCAAGGUGGAGUAAUUUACAUCAACUCGGUUUCGAUAUACUAGGGAACAUAGCGAAUGAAAUAAUCUUAAAAGAAGCUGGCGAGAGGAUAACGGAUGUUGUAUUGUCAUGUGUGGCAAAGGGAAUUGAAUCCCAAGACAGGUUUAUCGUUAUUUCCUGCUUGGAGGUGCUUAAUAAAAUUAGCCAACAAGACAGCAAUGAAGAAAUUGUUAGAUUUGGGUUAGAAGACAAUGUGUAUGAACUUAUAUGCAGGUUUUUAGCUCUGAACGACAUAGCUCUUCUAGUAUAUACCUUGGAAUGUUUGUACGCGUUGACUUCGUUAGGUGAAAGGCCAUGUACUAGCGUCGCGCGGGUACGCGGAGCUAUCGACACAUUAGUCGCACUUGUUACUGUAGAAGCGCAAAGUUACGGGCCAAAAGCUUGUAUUUUGAUGAGAGUUAUCGAAACAGUAUCCACGGUAGCACCACCGCCAAAUGCUACUCAAAACACUCCAGUUACUGCUACUGCUCCAGCAGUAACAGUGUCCUCGUCUGUACCGUCUACUCCGGUUACAGUUACUGCGACACCAGCUCCUGUUAGUCCAGCACCUUCGCGACCAACGACUCCAGCUGCGACUGCAACAAAAUCUUCAACGCACAAAGCAGUGGAAACGAACAAUUCACUUCAACAGCAACAUGCGCAUCAACAAAUCAUACAGGAAAACGAGCAGUUCGCUCUAAGUUGGUUGAGAGCUACUUUUGAACCUGCACUAGGUGUACGCAUAGAACAGGAAGAAUUAUACAAAAAAUAUCUUGGUUGCUGUACAAAGAUCGGUAGAAGAGGUGUUAUUGCUCCACUUCAUUUUCCAAGAUGUGUUAGAUCUGUAUUUGGUGGAAGCGUCGGGCCAAAUCCGUUGAAAGGUGAAACAAGUGGUACUCAGUAUUACGAAGGAAUCCGAGUACGAGCCACACCUCCCCAAGUAACUUAUCCGAGCCAAACUGCAGUUGGGACUAACACAGCUCCAAUUCCAGCAGUCAACACAACGCCAGUAAAGGUGCUUCCCGUACAACAGCGUACAAUCAAGAGUAUAAGUCCUGCUCCUGAUAGCACGGCCCUAGACAAUCCUGCAUCUGGGCCUCCAAAAACCUCUGCCCCAGCGUCACCUAUCCUAAAAGCCCAAUUAUCUGCUCCACCAAAACCACCAUCCAAUAUCUCAAACACUGCAAUUCAAUCCCAAAAUCCAGUCACCAAGGUUGAUUCUAAAAGUCAGGUGUCAGUAUCGCAUCCUCACCUGAGUCAAGCGUUGCUGUCAAGUAGCUCUCAAACGCAGCCACAGUCACAAAUCCAGCAAGUACAGCAACAGUGUCAAACUGUCCAGAUAGUUGCAAAGGAAGAUAAUCGAAGUGGUACUACAUCCAGUUCCAUAAUUAAAAGCCUUCUGGCUACUAAGGUAACGGUCAGCAGCGACUGCAUGCCCAGUACUGCUGCGACUUGUGUGUCUACCCCUACUGCCUGUGUAACAAACACUACUGCUAGCAUCGCAUCCAGCAUCAGUGCCAACCAGCUAAUAACCAGCAACCAGGUUGCGCAACGUCAACAACAACAAAGGUUACUGCAGCAACAAUUAACUAACGUGUCCCAAACAACAACUAGCGUAACUACAAUACUCCCAAAGACUCCUGUUAAUUCGAAGCAAAAGCCAGCUAUCACACCCAUUCCUGCCAAAAAAAUACAAAGGCUUAAUGGAGCCAAAUUUAUUAUGACUAAUAAUUGUGACAAGACUGAAGUAAACGAUAAUGAAAAUGUCAACCAAAUCGCAACAUCGACAACUUCUUCCACAGUGAUUUUGAACUCAACUGAAAAUCAUAUAUCAUCAACUAUCAAAGUGUGUCGGCCUCCAACUACAACCGUAACUACAGCAAACAAAGCUAUUCAACGUUCAACUUGUACAUCAAUUGCCGAAGAUUCGGACUCGACUAACAAUUCCAUGGCGUCGAGUAGUGGUAUCGGUGGUAGUAGGGAUUGUUCUGGUGUCGGUAUAGAAGAGGAUAAUUCUUUGACCAGUUUCGAGGGAAUUCUCUUGAACGGUGCACCAAGCAAUAUAGAUAUCGAUGCACAGGAGGAUGGAUCUUCGAAAGAUUCAUCUAGUGUGACAUCUAAAGAGAAACCUCUUCAAAGUAUGAUGCUUGCAGAUUUGUUAGAGAGGAAAGUUGACAAAGAGCCGAUUUUAAACGGUGUUUUAGGGAAAAAUUCAAUUAACGAGAAAGGAAUGGACUUAGUAGAAAAUCACAUUAAGAAAGUACUAAAAGAAUCUCCUACUGACAUUAAAAUGAAAGCUGAAGAAGAUACAGAAGUGUCUGAGGAUACUUUAAUUGAAGCACCUAGAGGCAUAAAACGAUCUGCCAGUGAAUUAGACGAAAUAGAUGUGAAGAAAGUAAAAUAUUCCAAUGGUACGAUGUCACCAGAUCUUGCUGUUGACUCGACUACUGCUGAAUCCACUGUCUCGAGUAUAAAAUCUGAAGACGAUGACAAGGAUAGCGAAAAAGUAACCGUAUCCUCCACAGCUGCAAAUCUUUAUGCUGCUCUGGCUGCAGACUGUAUAGAAGAUGAAACUGAUCUUGAUGAGAACGUCAACGUAAAUGUUAAGGAAGAUUCUAUCACAAUAAAAGAACCUAUUACAAUAAAAGAGGAACCUGUUACAAUGAAAGAAGAGCCUAUUACCAUAAAAGCGGAUCCUCACAUAUUUGUUAAUCAAAUUAAUCAACAGCCACCUCAACAGCAGCAGCCGCCGCAACAGCUACAGCAACCGCCGCAACAACUACAGCAAUCACUAUCACAACCACAACAUCCGCAGCCACAAAUACAGCAACAACAGCAGCCGCAACUACAACCGCAACAACUUAUUGUCACAGCGCCUAGGCAAAUAGUAGUACAACAAACAAUUCAACCAAAUAAUCAAGUUAUUAUACCGGCUGGUCCAGUGAAAGGGAGGCAGGCGCAACCUCAACCACAAGUUUUAUUACAACAAGGUGCGGGAGGUCAAUUACAGUACGUUGUUUCUGGUGGUGUGCCCGGUCAAAAUUACGUUCUGGCUCAACCGCAAACGACAUUGGUUCAGGGUCAAGCGCAGACUGUGUUAGUGGCUCAAACAACACAGCAGCAAGGAACAGGUGCAAAAACCAUAAUUAUUUUGCAAUCUCAAGCUGCUGCCCAACCAACCCAACAAAAAAUGGUGGCCGUCACACCUCAGGGACAGCAGGUUGUCGUUACACAAGUCUCGCGUCCUAUCUUGCAGAGUCCAGCACUCGGCAACAUACCUCCGCCUUUGGUUCCAACGUCAGGCACAAUUCCACAAACUUCUAUAAUAGUGAACAGUUCCGUAGCACAAACAAAUCCGAACACAGUGACUGUCACGAUUCCUGCGAUGGCUCAACAGACACCAGUAUCAACCAGUGUGCCAUCAAGAGUGGUAACGCCAACACCGGCCUCGACUCCGCCGCCUACCAGACCUACCACGCCUCAUCAAGCAGCUGCAACACACGGAUUGGCAAAACAACCUGCUAAAGUAAUGAAAACUGUCAGUUCCUCGACCUCCACAGAGCCAGAAUCUAAGCCGUCUACGAGUCAGAAUCAAUCAGAGAAAACAAUCACCAUUAAAAUCGAUCCCAAUGCUUACUUGUGCGAGUGGCGGGGUUGUCUGAGGCAAUUUAAAACACCACACGAAGUUUAUCUUCAUGUGUGUGAGGCACAUUGUCCAACUGGUGGAGAGGAAAUACUGUGUCUUUGGGCGAGUUGCGAUGCCUUAAAAAGACGUAGAUUUUCGUUAAUGACACACUUAUAUGAUAGGCAUUGUAAUGCGGAUACAAUGUCGAUGAGGAGGAAACAGUUAACGGUCACAGGCAAAACCGAAGUUUCCACGUCGACGCCGCCAACUCCUCAUCAUCCUGGAUAUGCACCGAAUGCAGCAUUCCAUGCUAUUAAACGGCACGCUUUGGAAUUCGUAAAUCCAAAGGAAUUAAUGCAAAGGCCAACCAAGCCCGCUGCAGCCACCUCAAGCUCUUCUUCUCCCAGACCUGGGCAAAAUCCUCCACCAGAACAGGAUGACAACGAAGGUCCAGUGACCAAAAGUAUUCGCUUAACAGCAGCGCUUAUUCUCAGAAACCUAGUCAUAUAUUCAACACAUGGCAGAAGACAUCUUAGAGCGUAUGAACCACAUUUGGCAGGUGUGGCAUUAAGUAAUGUCGAAUCAUCGAGAACAAUCGCACAAGUUCUGUAUGAUAUGAACGAUCAAAGCAGCAGUAACCAUAGGUGACCUCUUGAACCAGGCCUCUAAAAGAAACCUCUUUCACGUUGCGAGCAGCGAUCAAUUCGUUUAUUUUGAAUUUUAGUGUAAAGUGAAAGAACAAAAGUAUGAUAGAAAAAGAUGCGGAAAGUCUGCAAUUUAUUGCAAAAGAAAGAUGUGCUCGUGCGUUGUAAGGAAAAAAGAAAAAGAAACGGAAGAUGUAACUGACGAAGAGAAUAAACUAGAAGAGAAGAGGAUACGGCAAUGUUCCAUAAUUAUUAAAGAGGCCUAUAAACUUACUAGGCAAGUCGAUUUGCCGAUUUAGACUAUAAUAAUGUACUGUAACUAGUUAACAGAAACGAAAGACAGUAGUUGAAGUGAUUGCAGAUCAGUGAUAAAAGAAAAGAGCAAACAAAAAACGAGAUAAUAUUUCAAAUUUAAUAUUAAUAUUUAUUUUCUCAACAAGAAGCGGAAGAAAUGUUUUUAGUAAUUGUGUACAAAAAUAAUGAAGGGCGAAGAAAAUACUUUAUGGACGUUAUAGUUAAUUACAAUCAAUAUUAUUAUAUUAUAUUAUAUUAUUAUUAAUUAUUAUUAAUAUUAUUAUUGUAUGUUUUUCAUAAGUCAACCACAAGAAAACCUAGAAUGUAAAGAAAACCUUUUUAUGGAAUGUAUUUGUUAGGAAUUUAUGAUUUCGCUUAUAUAAUUGCAUAUUGCAAUUACAUGGCUAUAUUAUCGUC